AUGAUAACAUUGACUAUUGAAAGAGAAUUUUUUGAUCGAAUUUUCGUGGUUGGUUUACCACCACGCUCACCUGAUAUAGCACGUAUACUUGUAACACUUUUAAUUAUAUCAACAUUAAUUGGUGGCUUGAUGAAUAUUGCAAUGCGUAUUUGGCAUUAUAUUAAUAAACAACGCGCAAUACGCUUUAUUGAUUCUGAUAUUAAUAAAAAAGCAAUGAAAUGA